AUGCUUCGUUUUUCAAUCAAUGCACUGCCUCCCACCAGGGACUCUUAUCAUUCAUUCAUUGUUUCCCCCAUUCCCCCGACUUGCAGACGAAUGUUCCCACCGUUCAAAGUGAAGGUGACCAAUUUGGACAAACGAGCGAAAUAUAUUGUGCUCAUGGAUAUCGUAUCUAUGGACGACUGUCGUUAUAAAUUUCACAACAAUUUGUGGAUGAUUGCGGGCAAAGCGGAUCCGGAAAUGCCCAAACGGAUGUACAUUCAUCCGGACUCACCGUCAACGGGGGAGCAGUGGAUGCAGAAAAUUAUUUCGUUUCACAAGCUCAAACUGACCAAUAAUAUAUCUGAUAAACAUGGCUACGUAAGUUGCGAUGUACAGAUGGAUACUGUUGUUGCCGCCCUCACUGUAUGCCCUGACCAGAACAACUUAUCUAAUACGGUUGAUGUGUGUAUUUCUCUUUUUCCUCUUCCUCACCCGAUUGCCCAUGUGCCCACGAUUUUCCAGAUAACACAACUGAAAAUUGACCAUAACCCAUUCGCGAAAGGAUUUCGUGAAACCGGAGGUGGAAGACGUGAUAAAAAGUACAUCAAUUACGAUUGGGGGACGCUCUCUACUGUGCCAACGAAAAAAUAUAACUCGUAUACAAAAACAAAAACCGACGAAAUUACUUUACCAAAAAACCCACCCCCGUUUACCCACAGUGUCAGCUCUUCCGUCUGA